AUGAAGGCGCUACACAUUCUUGAUUUGUGUGGAUGUGAGAUAAGGAUGAUACCAAACUCAAUAUGUGACAUGAAAAGCCUCAAGGCCCUCAUCCUUGAGAACUGUCACAGGCUUGAAUAUGUGCCAUACCUGGGGAACCUGCAAGAACUAAAGGAGUUGAAUCUAUCAAAAACAGCCAUAAGGGAAGUUCCUCGAGGAGUUGAGGAAUUGCUCAAUCUCAGAUUCCUCUCAAUGGAUGCACCACAAUUGAAGAUUCUUCCAAGGAGAUUGUUACUCAAACUUGUGCAUCUUCAACACGUGUAUUUUCCACUUGAUAUGCAAGUACCAGUGGAAGAAAUUGAGAAUCUGAAACAGUUGGAAGAGUUUGGUGGAGGAGUGAAAAAUGUGGAUGAUUUUAAUCAUUUCGUUGCAACUCGGGUGUGUGAUACCUUCUACUCAGCCGGAGUAGGAUUACUCGAUACUUGUCAUUACAGGUUAAUGCGAGAUCUUGAUUGUUGCAAAAAUGAGUUUUUCUUGUUUGGAUGGAACUUUAAAGCAGGGAAAAUAUUAGGCCAGCAUAUUGUAUACCUAACAAUUAUGAAAUGUAAAGGUCUGAGUGUCUGCUUUGUGGAUGAUUUGUCACAACUGAAUAAUCCCACAUCCCUCGUGAGAUUGCAAGUUGAAAGCUGUGGAAAUGUAGAGUACAUUUCAAGGAGUGGGGAAGAAUUACUUUCUACACUAGAAGAACUAUUUCUGGAGGAUUUGAAUAAUUUGAAGGGUUUGGUACUGAUUUGGGAAAUAGGAGCUGCACCUACACAACCUGCUCUAUUUUCCUUUCUUAGAUUGCUAAAAAUUGGAAAAUGUAACAAGAUGAGAAAAGUGGGGUUGCCAGGGUUGGGAGUUCCCAACCUUGAAGAAAUAACAAUUUUCAGGUGUGGUGAAAUAGAAGAGAUAUUCGAAGAUGAAGGAGGAGGUCCCCUCAGCCUCCCCAAAUUAAAGCAGUUGAAUUUAUAUGAGCUACCAAAACUGAAGAGUGUUUGCAAGGAAACAAUGAUUUGCAAGUCCAUGGAAAUCAUGGAGAUUUUCAAGUGCCCAAGAAUAAGAAAGAAGCUGCCUGUGGAGGUUCUUCCACCCAUAAAGAUAUUUGUUGAGAGAGAAUGGUGGCAGUCAUUGGAGUGGAACAACUCCCACCUCCCUCAACUCCUGCAUCCCUUCCUUCAUUUCCAACGUUGGACUUAG